GAGUAGAGAGCCUUGUCCUCUAUAGGGAGUAGGGAGCCAGUUAAACCACACCCUAACUAGUUGCACAUUCACUUUACCCCAGGUGGGAACGGUUUUACUUAUCAUUUAGUCGCAGGAGAGUUAACAAACUGGAAAUACUGGCGGAGCAGAAGCAACCUUUGGCCACGGCUGCCUUCUGCCAGUACAUGUAGUUGUUGUAUGAUACAACAUUAAUUGACUGAGGUUUGGACGACCUUACACCUUCCUACCUGCCUGCAUGAGUAUGAAACAACAAGAGUUGACCGAAGAGGGAUUACUGAAACCUUCCUACCUGCCUGACAGCAAUCCCCAGCUAGAUAGAUCUCCAACAUGGUGGAAGAUGGCACUAAGAAAGGAGGAAGAAGUAAAGAGAUGGCUGAAGGCAGGAGAUACUGCGGGUGGUCCAGUUUCCGUUGGUGUUUCCUCAUCCUGCUCCUCAUAGCAACGGUCUUCUUCUACUUCGGCGAUCGGUCAGUAGAGUGGGUCCCUUCCCUAGACAAGGCGUCAAAAUGGUUGGCGGAAUUGCGUGUCGGUUCAGUCAGCAGAUCUGGUUCUACCAACACCAGUAGUGAAGCAGUUUCUCUCAACUCCACUGGUUUUACCAUAGACGCUCAUGAAACUGCGUCUGCCAAUUCAACAGAUCGUCAGACUUCACGUAUCCACUCUACUCAACAGGCCAUCGAACUCAACACAACAUAUCAUGAAACUAGUUCCAUCACCUCUGCACUGACCAUCAUCACUAAUCUGAUCACAGAGGUCAAGGCAGUUCUGGCCACUCCUCCUCCGUAUGUGUCCCCAGGACCGUACCAUGUAGAAUACCCAUCAGAGUACAUCUUCAUCCUGGAUGAGCCAGAGAAAUGCCGGGAGAAGAACCCCUUCCUGGUUCUGAUGGUGCCAGUGGCGCCCUAUAACAGGGAGGCUCGUGAGGCUGUCCGCAGGACUUGGGGCAGUGAGAGGCAGGUACUGGGCAAAGAGGUCCGUCUGUUCUUCCUGCUGGGACUGCCCAGUGGAGAGGAGACAGAGCAGCUCCAGGAGAAGGUGCUGCAGGAGAGCAAAGAGCACCAGGAUCUGCUGCAGAGCGACUUCAUAGACAGCUACAAAAACCUGACCAUCAAGACCAUGGUGAUGAUGGAGUGGCUGAGCUCUCGCUGCCCCAACGCCUCCUACGCCAUGAAGAUCGACUCAGACAUGUUCCUCAACGUGAACACCUUGGUCAACAUGCUGCUUCACGCUCCAAUGCAGAACUACAUGACUGGACUAGUGGCCCAAUGGGCCGCCGUUCUAAGAGACCGUAACUCCAAAUGGUACCUUCCAAUGGAGGUGUUUCCUGAACCAAUAUAUCCACCUUAUGCUCUGGGCCUGGGCUAUGUCUUCACCUUAGACCUCCCCAGGAAGCUGGUGGAGGCGUCCAGGCAUGUUAAAGCCGUCUACAUAGAGGAUGUGUAUCUGGGACUGUGUAUGAGACACCUGGGCAUCCGGCCUACUGACUCCCCCAGUGGAAACCUCUUCCAUGUGUCCCCUGUGGCUUAUGACCGCUGCACCUACUCACGGCUGAUAGCCACCACCACACACAGUAUCACUCACCAGGUCAACGCAUGGACAGACCUACACAAACCUGGUCCUCCCUGCUGAUCUCAUACAGUAACAGACUGACUGAUGUACCAAUCACUUCCUCGUUGUUUGUUCAUACACUAACUAACUAACAAACCAAAAACAAAGAACGUGACGAGGGGAUGGGGAAAGGAUAUACAACAUUUCUGGAGAGAUCUGAAAAUAUCUGUGCAGCAACUCUCCCCAUCCAACCUGACAGAGCUUGAGAGGCUCUGCAGAGAAGACUGGGAGAAACUCCCCAAAUACAGGUGUGCCAAGCUUCUAGCGUCAUACCCAAGACUCAAGGCUGUAAUCGCUGCCAAAGGUGCUUCAACAAAGUACUGAGUAAAGGGUCUGAAUAGUUAUGUAAUAUUUCAGUUAUUAUUUUUCAUUUAAAAAAUAAAUCCUGUUUUUGCCUUGUCA